AUGAGAAUGCUGAGGCGGAUGUUGGGAAUCAGUCUAAAAGAGCAGAGAACAAACGAAGAGGUGUUAACCGAAGCAGGAGUCACAAGCAUUAGUAGCAAGAUCGAAGAGGCAAGACUCACAUGGUUUGGCCUUGUGAAGAGAAGGCAUGAGGAAGAAGGCAUACGGAAAGCGAUGGAUCUGCCUAUCCCUGGAAAGCGGAGUAGAGGAAGACAAAGGAAGAGGUGGCUGGAUUGUGUGAUGGCCGAAAUGAAGAAAAGGAACAUCAAAAAGCAAUGGGCACAAGACCGGAAGAAGUGGAGAAAAACAGAAGUUCGACAGACUGAUCCAAAGACGGACAUGCGCAAAUUGAUACAGAGCGAAUAUUGGAUCAUGAACAUCUCUGACGGAAAUAUGUCAGUGACGCAGUAG